AUGAUCGACCUGUCUUUCCCGUAUCCAUCCAGGGCUGGACUUCCCGUAAAUCCAUCCUAUAUACCAGAUAUAGAUUUGGAGCUGACUGACAGGAUGACGAUUCUCCAGCGGGUCAAGAACGUCUUGGCACAUUACUACCACAGCUACUUCUCCCCUCGUAGUGGUAUUAUUCCGAUCGACCUUUGUGAUGAACUGAAGGUCAAGUAUAAUAUCAGACCAGAAAUCAUCCCCUCUGUUCCUGACUCGAAGGAGAAGCUGGCGCCACCGUGGAAAGCCAUGCGGGAGGAGAUUGGUAAAAAUGAGGCAUUGUGGAACGGACUGCCGAUUGUGGGGAUGCCUUUCCUCUUGGAUCAAGGGGAAAACAUCAACCGUAUCGAAGCUCAAGGAGCUGGCCUGAGGCUGGACAUAACAACCCUUACACAGGAGACUUUGAGUGGAACUAUCCGUAGAGUCAUGGAAGAACCAAGAUUCCGAGAGAAUGCACAACGCAUCUCGAAGAUCAUGCGCGACCUGCAGGGCACCGAGAACCCGAUAGACAACAUGGUUCGCUGGAUCCUACACGUAACCAGGCUCGGCGGCGAGCACCUGCGACCCGCCGUUAUGGAGCUGAACGUGGUUCAGAGGUAUCUUUUAGAUGUUUACCUCCUCAUUGGUGUGGUUGUGGUUGCAAUUUUUGGGGUCAGCGUGUCUGGAUGCCGUUUUGGUUGGAAGUGCCUCUUUGACAAAGGCAAAGAUGGCAAAUAUAAAAAGGAAUAA